CUUUUCUGCAGCUCAGGGCCAUCGCGGCAGAUCUUCGUUCUGCAUGCCCCUUUAACCUUUAGCUUUCAACACAUCCUUGUGAUCUCCUAGACCAUAUGGCGGCGCCUCCAAACCAACUGUUUUCAGCUUUUGCCUUCAUCGGCUUUGUUAUGUGCAGUGUGCCAUUUUACUGGCAUCUUGAAGCUUGGAAUACUGGUACCUGCUUGUACAUGGCGUGGACCGGGCUAGCAUGUUUAAACCAAUUCAUCAAUUCUAUCGUCUGGAACCACAAUGCGAUCAAUUGGGCACCAGUUUGGUGUGAUAUCUCCACUCGUUUCAUGAUCGGUACCACCGUCGCCAUUCCUGCUGCGUCUCUUUGCAUCAAUCGUCGCCUAUACAACAUUGCAUCUAUUAAAGCUGUGACUAUCAGCAGAAAGGAGAAACAGCACGGUAUCAUGAUAGAUCUAGCCAUUGGGCUCGGGAUUCCGAUCCUUGAAAUGAUUUUACAAUGCAUCGUGCAGGGUCAUCGUUUCGAUAUUCUCGAGGACGUUGGCUGCUUCCCUGCAACCUACAACACCCCACCGGCUUAUGCAUUGACGCUUGCAUGGCCCGUUGCUAUUGGAGCUGUGUCAUUGGUAUAUUGUGUUCUAAGUAUCCGACAGUUCUGGAUACGGAAGCAGCAAUUCAAUGACAUCGUCUCAUCCAAUCGCAACCUCAAUCAGAGUCGCUACCUCCGUCUCAUCGCCUUGGCCGGCAUCGAAUUGCUUGGAACUAUACCCCUCGGCUCAUACUCGCUUUAUCUCAACACCACAAAUAAUUCGAUACACCCUUGGAUCAGUUGGGCUGAUACCCAUUUUGAUUUCUCACAUGUCGGCCAAAUACCUUCUGUGAUCUGGCGUGCGGAUAGCCAGGUAGAGGCAUCAGUCGAACUCAGUCGCUGGUUGAUUGUACUUUGCGCUUUCAUCUUCUUCGCUUUUUUCGGGUUUGCGCAAGAGGCGCGCAGACAUUACAGCCUCGUCUACACACACGUUUCCUCUCGCCUUGGCUACUCGACUGUUACCACGGGUUCCACCAACUUCACCGGCUCCAACUCAUGGAAGCUCCCUACCAUGUCGUCUAGCGGGGGUGGAUACAAUCUCCCUAUCUUCAUCAACUCUAGAAAAGCCUCCUCCGAUACACUCUCUACUUCCAUCUUUAUCGAUGCUCUCCCGCAUGAUACAGAUUUCAAGCGCGGUCCUCGAAAUGAUCUACCUCCGCCAUCGUUCGAUUUACGCAAGUCCUUACCAUCGACGCCUGAUUCUCCUGUGUCAGAACACGAGUUCACGCAGCCACGGCCUGACUCGCCAGCGUUGGACCCAAUGGCAUUGCCACCGCGUGCGCUGGAAAUAUGGACAGCACCUCGUCAUGCUCCCGAUGCGCCUAUACCUGCUCGCCCAGGAUCAACAUUCACCAUUUGAAGCUAUAUAGUUUUGAGUUUCGUAAUUCGACUACUCUCCAUGACGAAGUCCGUCUGGGUGUUGUUCCUUCGCUCUAUGCUUCGUGGUCUUUAUUCAAACAGACUUGGUGUAGCCUUAGUACAGUGUUGUUUUCUAUAUCUAUAUCUAUAUAUCAGACGAUGUUUCGUUCGUCCUAGCUACGACGCUACGUGCAUCAUUCAUUCUCGUUGAUCCCA